AAUAAUAAUAAUAAUAAUUCACUUCAUGGAAAUGAAUCCAAUCAACUAUUCACACAAACACCUAUUACAUCUUCAUCCACGAUGACAGUACAUUCAACACAGUCCACAUUGAUAAAUAAUAAGGAUUUAUCAAUUACACAUUCAGUUAAUUUACAGCCAAUAAUAAUACAUCAAUCUGAUAACUUGUUGAAAGAGUCUAAUAAUCCGUUAAAACAACCUCAUUGGACAAUAAAAAAGCAAACCAAUUUAGCCGAGUCAGAUCCAGUUUCAUUUGUUCAAUUAUUAACUGAUCGAUUGGAGAAAGUCAAAGAAUCACGUGGUAAAUUGGAAAAAUUAAUGUCACUUGUUAAUCAUCAAGUUGAUGAAUCGAAAAAUAAUUUACCAAUGGAACAAACUAAUUCUUCUAAUGGAUUAAUUUCAACCAAUCAACAUAAUUUAUCAUUUAAUUCAAAUAAUUUGAAUUGUUCACAAUUCAAUACCAAUUCAUUGAUCAAUGUUACAACGACGACUAGCGAUACUAUUACUACUACUAAUACUACCACUGCUAAUAGUAGUACUAGUAAUCCCAUGAAUAAUAAUGAAGUAAAUUCUUCAACUAAUCAACAAUUUACAUUCAUGCCUAAUCCUCAUCAUUUAAUUUCAUCACAAUUAUUUCAUAAAACACAAAAUGCUCAAGAUAUAUUAGAUGAUCAUUGUUCAAGAAUUUGGUCAGAUGAAUCAGAGUUUAAUAUGAAUCAAAAAUUAUUACUAUUAUCCUCACCACCGUCAUUGUCACCGGCGGCGGCAUCAUUAAAAAGACAACAACCGCGACAACAAGAACCGCAACAACCUCCAAUAUUAUCUGUCAGCUCAAUGAAACCACAUCAAUUCGACACUGUCUACAAUAAUAAUAAUAAUAAAUCAAAGAUCAAUUCGUAUGAAUUGAAAAAAUGCACAGAGCCAAUUGCAUUUACCCCAGUCAUUGUCACAUCAUCAACUAAUUCAUCUUGUUUAGCUACAUUGAAUCAUUGUUAUGAUGAUACACAACCGAUGACUGAUUUAGAUAACGACCAUUUUAGUUAUCAUUCAAGAUUGAAUCGAUUGGCUAAAUCAGAUCUACGCUCUAUUGCAUCAUGGGAUAGUGGUGUUGUCAGUAGUAGUAAUUAUUAUUACUAUCAUCAUCAUAAGAAUCGGUAUCGAUUACAUCAUCAUCAUCAUCCUCGUUAUCAUGAUGAUUUGGACAUUAUCAAUGAUAAUCAUAAUCAUACUAACAAUGACAAUGAUGUUGAUGUCGAUGACGAUGACGACAGAGUAGAGACAGCAUCGAUUUUAGAAGCAGCUAGUUUACAAGCUUUAUCAUCAUCGACCACAGAAUUAGCACUUGUUAAUGGUGAAGUGACAGCAAAAUUAGUUGAGAAAAUUCUACGUCAUUAUCCACAUGAAUUAUUUCAUCAUCAUCAUCAUCAUCCUGUCUAUCCUUCCUAUGGAAGAAAUAGCAGUACUGGUAAUAAUAGUAAUAAUCGAUUGAGAAAAGGAGGAAGACGGCGAAGUAAACAUUGUGAAUCGUUUUAUGAAUUGUCAUCAUAUCAUCCAAUUCAUGAUUUUCAUGCGAAUUCUACAUGCUCUACAUGCUCUACUACGACGACGACGACUACUUCUGUCAAGAACACAUCGACAACAACGGCGGAGGUGGUUACGGCUUUGGCAGGUCAGCCACAGUCUGAUGUAAUGAUACCAUGUGAAUGUUAUCAUUGUGUUCGUUGUACACGUGCUCCAUCAUCAUCAUCAACAUUAAAUGAUCAUUCCUUGUCUAAUUAUUGUCAUUGUAAUAAUAAUAAUAAUAAUAAUAAUACUAAUAGUAAUCAUCAACAUUCAACUCCUUGUCAUAAUCAAUAUUUACCUCCUAUGAUGGUUACUGCUUCAGAUACAUCGAGUACUUUUGAUUCAGGCAUAUCAUCAGCUUAUGAUCAAUUACCUUUAAGAAAACAAAUAAAUAAUUGUACAAAUACUAAUAAUAAUAACCGAGAAAAUCGAAGCCAGAGCCUUCAUAAUUGGCAAACCGACUCUACUUUGAAAGAUACACUUAUUUCCACAUCACGAGGAAGUCGUACACAUUCUGCAUCAAAAUCUAUGUAUAAUGAUGACAAUAAUAAAAAUACGAAUACCACUACUAAUUGUACUAAUGAAUUCACUCCAACAAAUUGUCUUAUCUCAUCUUGUUACGAAUUCAAUUCAAAUGAAACCACAUCUAAACAAUUAUUGCAUCAACCUACUAUGAAUAAUUUACAAUUAUGUAAUUUAUGCUCUUCCAUAUAUCGUCAUCAUUAUCAUCAUGGUUAUCCGGAUUUUCAUCAGUAUUAUCGUCAUCAUUCGCAUCUUCCUCAACCUUCUCAUCAUCAUCAUCAUCAUCAUCAUCGUCUUCUUCAGCAUUCACAUUGUCCAGAAUUAUUGAUCAAUAAUGAUUUGAAUUCGAAAUGUAAUGUGAAUAAUAAUAAUAAUUGUGAAAAACCAGCAAGUGGUAAAUUACUUCAACAUUGGCUAAAACUACAACAGAAUCCAUUAGAAAAUGUACAUUCACCAUGCGGACCGACCAUCACUUCUACUGCUACUGCUACUACUACUAAUGAUCAUGAAAGCGAACACAAAACCAACUGCAUCUCAUCAAAUAAUGUGGAAUUAUUGCCAUCCAUUAAUACUACUACCACUACUACUACUAAUGAUAAUAAUAAUUCACAAUCAAAAUUCAACAAAAAUUGCAAAGCAUUGUCAUCGUAUGCACGAAAAUCACAUCAUCAUCAGCAUCAGUAUCAUGGUCAUCGAAAAUCUAGCGCACAUCGUAUUGCUAGUAAUAAUGUUCAUGCUACUACUACUACCACUACUACUACUGAUAAUAGUAAUAGUCAUAAUAAUAAUAAUAAUGAUAAUAAUCUAGAAUUGAACAAGAAUAUUCAACGGGAUUCCAGUGACAACAAUUAUGAUGACAAUAAUAACAAUGAAAAUAACAAUACAACAAGUUCACAUGUGAACUCUUCAUCAUCAUUAUCCUUAUCAUCAUCAUCAUCGUCAACAUCGUCUUUGAUGAUUCAACCAACUUAUCAUACUACAACUUCUAAUUCUACUGCUAUAACAAAUAAUUCAUCAAACAAUGGAUUAAUUGUUGGCUAUUAUCUAUGCGACGACCCGGUUCCUUAUCGAACUGUUUGGACUGGUAGCUUGCAGAAUUCAUCUGUAUCUACUCAUGGUACUGUUACUUCUACUACUACUACUAAUACUACUACCACCAGUUCUGGGUUAUUUGUUGACAUCAAUAAUCAAUUAGAAACAGUUGAUAGUGGGAUUCAAACCAAAUUCAAUAAUCAAUCUUUAUUAACGCUAGGACAAUUUAAACAAUUAAUUGCUAAAAAGGGUGUUUAUCGAUAUUUUUUCAAAAAACCUAAUGAUGAAUUUGGCACAGGUGUAGUUCAUGAAGAAUUAACCAAUGACAAUGCUGUUCUACCAUUAUGGGAUGGUAAAGUUGUAGCACGUGUAGAACGUGCUGAUUAAUCGGAACACUAAUAUUAUGCUGCACUGUACUGUACUGUACUUCUCUUCAUACAAUUUCAUUUCUUCUCUUGUUAACUUACAUUGAUCAACUUAACUGUGUAUGCAUCGUUUGCGUUCUACACUACUACUAACUAUGUACUAACCAACUACUACCUCAUAUAUUCUAUCUUUAUCAAUCGGUAUGUUAUUAUACCCUACCUAUUUACUUGUAUCUAUCAAUAUAUGUAUGUAUAUGUACGUAUAUAUAUGUAUAUACAUGUGUAUGAUAUGAUUAUGUAAUAAGUUUUCAUCGUUGUGGUGCAAGCUAGUUGCAAUUCAUUUUUGUGUACAGUUAGUUAUCUCGAGCUUCUUUUUUUUUUUCGUUUCUCUUCAUUUGUAAACACUGUUGUAAAUAUUGAAAUCCUACUGUGUAUUUUACUGUACUGUACUGUACUGUAUUGAACAGAUGAUCAUUUUCAGCAUCCCUCCUAUUCAACCUAUUUGCACACACACACACAUACACGCAUACACACACAUAUGAUUUAUUUCGAACAGUUUAUUGAUGUGUAGUAAUAAACUUUUCCACAAAUUACAUUAUUAAUUAUAUAUAUAUAUAUGUAUAUGUGUGUGUGUACAGUAAGUAGGUGUGUGAGCACUUCACAAUACCACACACACACACACACACACACACACACACAAGCACAGAUAUUUGAUAAUUCUCCAAUUGUAUGUGUUAUAUUGAAUGAAAGAAAUAAUUGUAUAUACGAUUAAUUAAUUAAUUAAUUAAUUAACUAAUGAAUUAAUUAGUUUCAAUUAA